AUGGCUUACUCUACCUACGAAUCUGAACCUAUGAUUGUCCGUCCCUCUUCUACCAAGAGCUCCUCAAAGCGCUCCACUCGCCAGCUCUUCAAUUCUUUCAUGAAGGCCUUGGCUCCUCAAGUUGAAACAGAUUUUGACACAACUUACUCUAAGCAUGCUUCCAAUCGUGCUGCUGUUCUUAUGGCUCUUAAACAAUACAUCUUUUUCCCAAUACAAAAAUUUACAAUGGCUGGCAUUUCUUUUGAACAACUCACUCGUUCCUCUUCAUCUUCUUCCAAGGGAUCCAAGCGCCACAUCUUUGGCAGCAUUCUUAGACACCUCGCCCCCCAGGUCGAGGUCGAUCCUGACUUUAAGGCAUCUUCUGCUAACCAUGCUUCUGUCAUCAUGGCUAGAGCCCACUAA